CUAAAGCCUGUCUUCGUUGUUUUCCCAAGCUGAGUGUGCAGAUCUGCAAGCGGUCCAGCCCUGGCCCCCAGAAUAAGCUGGAUGAGAUUUGUCAGUGAGCAGAAGGAUUAAGGGGAGGUUACAGACCAGCUCUGAGAGACACAAGUGCAAGCACUUUUGCAAGAUCCCAGCACAGUGUUUUGAGAGGACAUCAUGCUCUGCUCACGGAGGAGUGGGGCUGAGACCUGCUGAGGGAUGAAUGGACUGCCCAGCGCAGGGAACUCCUCCAGCAAGCUGUAAAGAUCAGAUGGUGCUUGGCUUUGUCAGCAAAAGACAUACAAGGGGAAGGUGUUGGAACGGCAGACGUGAAAACUUGCUGUGCUGAAUGCAGCCAAUAAAAUGAGUUUUGGUCUGCAAAACAUUUGCUGCCAUUGAGAUUUCUGUCUGCUGAUGGGGAAGAUGGGGUCUGCCCCUACUGAAAAGGCAGCGACAAGAAGGGCGAAGCUUUGCUGACCAUUGGGGAGCCUGGCCAGUGCCUGGAUGCGCUUCACUGGUGGGGAAAACGCUCUCAAAACUUGUGGGCCGGGAGGGUUUGGGGCAGUGGAGAGACCGUGGGGCUGCUCUGGGCUCUGCCUCACAGCAGGGCUGGCCAGCUGCCCUGGCACUGAGAUGCCGGGGAUGUGGGGGACACCAGCCCUGUGCUUCGGCAUCGUCUCGGGAGUAUCGGAGAAGGAAAACAAGUUGCUGAAAAAUGUAGCAGUGCUGAUUUUUUCAUCUCAAGAAAAAUAAUCUUUCUGUUUUGCUAGAGAUCUCUGGGCUGUGUUUAUCCACACUGCUUGGAAAGUCUUUUCUACCCCUUGAUUUCUCACCCAGCUUAAAACGUUUUAUAUUUGUGUGUGUAUGUGUGCUCGCAUCUGUUUUCACUGUAUCUGUGUGUUGUCUUGAAGCAAUGGGCUCAGAGCAAGCCCCCCCAUGCAUCUGUAAGUAAUAAUGAGGCGCUUGAUUUCAAACCACAUUUGUAAUCUGGAAGCCCUUCGAUUAUCUCAGCUUUUUAAGUGACAAAGGAGAAAAAGCCGAAAGGACGGAGCCCGCAAUGGCUGAGAAGUGCGACUGUAUCGCCAGCAUGUAUGGGUACGACCUGGGCUGUCGCUUCAUUAAUUUUCGCCCCCUGGGCUUUGGGGCCAACGGGCUGGUGCUGUCCGCCCUUGACAGCAAGAGCUGCCGCAAAGUGGCAGUGAAGAAGAUCACCAUCGGUGAUGCGCGGAGCAUGAAGCACGCUUUCCGGGAGAUCAAAAUCAUCCGCCGCCUGGACCAUGAUAACAUCGUGAAGGUGUACGAGGUGUUGGGGCCAAAGGGCACCAACCUGCGUGGGGAUUUUUUCAAGUUUAACAUGGUGUACAUCGUCCAGGAGUACAUGGAGACUGACCUGGCGCGGCUGCUGGAGCAGGGGAAGCUUGCAGAGGAGCAUGCCAAGCUCUUCAUGUACCAGCUGCUGCGGGGGCUGAAGUACAUCCACUCGGCCAACGUCCUUCACCGCGACCUCAAGCCGGCCAAUAUUUUCAUCAGCACGGAGGACCUGGUGCUGAAGAUUGGCGACUUCGGACUGGCCAGAAUCGUGGAUCAGCAUUACUCGCACAAGGGUUACCUUUCUGAAGGCUUAGUAACGAAAUGGUAUCGCUCCCCCCGCCUCCUUCUCUCGCCAAACAACUACACCAAAGCCAUCGACAUGUGGGCGGCCGGCUGCAUCCUGGCCGAGAUGCUGACCGGAAGGAUGCUCUUUGCUGGGGGUCACGAGCUGGAGCAGAUGCAGCUUAUUCUGGAGACAAUCCCUGUUAUCCAUGAGGAAGACAAAGAGGAGCUGCUCAAAGUGAUGCCCACGUUCAUCAACAGCACCUGGGAAGUGAGGAAGCCACUGCGCAAGCUGCUCCCUGAAGUGGACAGCGAAGCUAUUGAUUUUCUGGAGAAAAUACUGACAUUUAACCCUAUGGAUCGAUUAACAGCUGAGAUGGGUCUGCAGCAUCCUUACAUGAGUCCGUAUUCCUGCCCUGAGGAUGAACCAGUGUCUCAGCAUCCAUUCCGGAUUGAGGAUGAGAUUGAUGAUAUUUUACUGAUGGAAGCCAACCAGAGCCAGAUGUCUAACUGGGACAGGUAUCACGUAAGCCUCUCCUCUGAUUUGGAAUGGAGACAUGAUAGAUAUCAUGACAUGGAUGAGGUUCAGCGGGACCCCCGGGCAGGGUCUGAAUCCAUCGCUGAAGAAGCACAAGUUGAUCCACGGAAGUACUCACAAAGCAGUUCAGAGAGGUUCUUGGAGUUAUCCCACUCAUCCAUGGACCGAGUAUUUGAUGCCGAUUGUGGGAAAUCAUGUGAUUACAAAGUGGGGUCACCUUCCUACUUGGACAAAUUGCUGUGGAGAGACAAUAAGCCCCAUCAUUACUCAGAGCCCAAACUGAUUUUAGAUUUAUCCCACUGGAAAAGGGCAACCAUAGCACCCACAGCUGAGCUAUCGCUGGAAGAAGAACCAUCCAACCUCUUUCUGGAGAUUGCUCAGUGGGUAAAGAGCACGCAGGUGGGUCUUGAGUGUCCCAGUCCUCUUCCAGAGAUUCAGGAACAGAGCCUGCCGUCUUCUCCUCACCAUCUCCACAAAGAACCCACGGAGGUGAACAGUGAAACAGACCCUGAAUUUGACUUGGAUGUCUUCAUCUCCAGGGCACUGAAACUUUGCACAAAACCCGAGGAUCUUCCAGACAACAAGCUCAAUGACAUCAAUGGGGCCUGCAUAUCUGAGCAUCCUGGUGAGAUUGUGCAAACAGAAGUGUACCAGAAGGAGCGAUGGUGAGGAACCCACACCCGGGAAACCCCACUGUAUCUCCUGUUCCUCUCUGAUGGUGUGGCCAUUGCCCAGGGCUGAGUGGCUUCCGUCUGUCAUUGAGCAUCUGUUUUUUACACUAUACCGAAUGCCUUUUUCUGAAAAGGCAAGCACAAACCACAUGCCCCUUUUGAUGCCUUAGAAAUAUCUUUAAGGGAAUCAAGAGGUGUGAAUGAAAUAAUGAAUUUCUUAUACUGCCUUAACACUCUUGCCUUGCAAUCUCUGGGACCUGUUUGAAACUUAAAUGUACGAGGGAAAGAUGACAGUACAUGCUAUGUUCACAAACAGAAGUCAAAUUAACUUCUUUUCUUUUCUUUUUCUAUAGCAUCUUAAAAUGAUGAGGAAAAAAUCAGCAUUUUCAUUAUGGUCGGAUACCCUCUUGGUUUGACACGUUCUCAAAACGCCAAACUUUGAGCUCCUCUGAGACACCUGUGUGAGUACAGGCAGUAUAGAGAGAAGCAAUGCCAGGCAGUGUCCGUGGUCAGCCGUCAGUAAGCAGAGAAUGAAACUAGAGGUAGAGUUUGGCCAUCACACAGAAAAUAACUCUUUGAGAAUGUUAAUGAGAAAGGAAUUUGACCUACAAAUAUGGGCCACUUGAGAUUUUUUAUUUUUUCUGAUUGGAAGACAAAGUUUUUGCUAAGCGCAUUCUCCUUGUUUGGUUUCUCACACAUAAUUUUUCCCUUCUAUUGCACGGGGUAAAUCUGAGCACUCCAUGUACUUAGGAGACCCCGUACAAUGCAUUUCAGUGUGCCAACCUGGUGCUGUGAGUCCUGUCUGGGGCAGCUGCCCAGCAGACCAGCAAAUUCUGGUGGUAAGGGUUGAACAGGAGUUGAGAGCUAGAAUCAGGGUGUCUCACAGUGUGGUGCUGCCUGGCACCACCAGCUACACAGACUCAGCAAGGGCACCCACCUUCGCUAGCAAAAAAGGAAUGAAACUACUAUUUUACCUUCUGACAAAGAUGCUGUGAAGAAAACAACAGUUCCUGUGGCAUUAGAUCCGUAACUGGCCACUUUGCUUCCAGCUUCUUUGGAAGAUGCUGGUGUCAGCAGGCAACUAAGCGCAGUCUGUAAAUAGACAAAAACCUAACUGAUCUACUGUAACUUCUCUCUUCAUCCACACUUCUGAGCACCUUAAUAAUUAAUCAGCUAACGAGUUUGUAUAUGGAAGAAACAUUCUAUCUUAGAUUCAAUCAAACUUGGCAGUUUUUAGAAUGGAAAAUCUGUAAAUAAUAUCAUAAAAGCCAGUCUCUGCUCUCCUUGCCAUCAUGUCACUGUGCUCUCCAGCACAGCAGCACUACUUUCAUUUGUAAAAGAGAAACUACUGUACUUAGUAACUCUAAGGUCCAUAUUGAACUCUUGUUCCUAUACGAGUUUUUUCUACCCUUUUAACAAGCAAUCUACUGAAUGUUCUGAGAUGUGAAGAAAAUUCAUGUGAGACUCGAAUGAGAACUAACAGCAACAUUUACUACAUUAAAUUAACCCUGGUUUCUGUUCUUGGUGGGAUCAGGUACAGGUUUAGCCAUAGGAGACCUUGUGCUAGGCACGGACAAGCCUAAAAACUUGUUCAUGCUUUGAAGAUCUCUCCUUAGGCUGAUUGAAAUGCCAUUACUCCAGCUGAUUAGCAGCACAGGUGUGAAGGCUGCCAGCUGCAGCUUCUGGAAGUUCUGGGGCAGGGAUGGAGAAGGCAUCUCGAAGGCAAAGCCAUUGGAGAAGGCAAAGCCAUUGGGCUCUGGUGUUUGCUUCGAGCAUUUGGAUGUCCCCCACAGUGGUUUAGAAAGCAGAAGCAAGGGAGAAACAGAGGGUUGGUUUCCAGUGUGUUGCAGAUAAUUAAUAUACCUCAACUGAAGCUCAGCACUUUUACUGGUGGUGGGAGAAGUUCAGAUGCUGAAGAAGUGGCUGCCCCUGCAGUGGAGCAGAUCCAAAUCUGGCCCCAGCAGCCCACAGCUCAGUGCCCGUGGUCCUGCUCAGCUUCACCAUGCACCCAGCAGCAGCCAGCAAAGGCUGGGAACGGGAUUGCCAGCACUCAAGUGUGUGCCAAGAGAGGAGGCAUCAGCCACAGUUGUGUCCCAUCGCUCCCUGGUGCCACCCAGGAGGAGAGGAGCAGAUAACGCCCAGCCUCUGACGGGAGAUGCACAGACACUGCCGCUGGAGGCAUCAACUGAAAAUUAGAUGUUUGGGAGCCAGCAGAGUUCAAACCUGAAGGAUAAGAUCGGCAAUACGAGAGAUGACUUUUAAAACUCUCUUCCGGCAGAUUCAGCAACUAUUUAGUACCAUUGGGUUAAACAUGGAGAUGCGCUGACAUGUGAAAUCAGCAGUGAUCAAACCAUGCCAGCAUUUUCCUCGGUGGACAUCAGUCGCCACAUCUUCUGAAACCAGAAGCCAUUUUCUGUGGGUUGUUACAUUCAGGCUGAACGUUUUCACCAGUGGUGUACGGGACUAUUUAUUAUGGCCAUGAAAGUAACGGUUUUGCUUUUGAAUAGUCUUCUAAGGAGUGGGAGCUUAAGGGCCCACAAAGUGUAAAAUUAACUUCACAAGAAGCCAACAGAGCAUAUAGCCAUUGCUCUGGGUUUUCCAUCUUGGUUCAUGAGCUGUUACUUAAUGUUGUUCGAAACCUUGGCAUCACAUGCUGGGAAAGGGGGAAAACGAGAGGGGUGGCUUUAAUUUGUUACCUGAGUGUGCUCAGCCGAUCACAAGCCAGAUUUAUUUCUCAUCUACAACAAUAAAAUUUAAGGCCUGAGCCUUCCCUGCUUGGUAGCGUGUAAUUAUUUUGUGAUUAAGUUUCAAAUGUAAACUUGAAAUACUUA